UGAUGGAUGUUAAUCUGGAUAUUGAGAUAUUUGAUCCAAGUUGUAAUACUACUCUAGUCAUAGAUGAAACAGUGAAUAUAUUAGAACUAAUAGAUUAUAUUCAAUAAACAUUUUAAGAGUAUAGACUAAUAUAUGUUUAAGUAAAUUCUAAGGAGUGGAUACUAAAACUAUCUCGAUAAGGAUUGGAGGCACAAAUGAGAUAAUACAACCAACUUCAAGAUCUCUUCGAGAUGUACUCAGAGAAUAAAAAAAAGCCAAACUCUUUCUUCAAAAAGGUCAGAUGUCAAGUCCGAGUGUUCAAUUCUAACAAUCUAUGAGCCAAAGAUAAUUUAAUCAACAAUAACCUACAGAUUAGUUUGCCAAUCAAACAAGAAAUACUCCUUAAGUUCCUUAAGCUUAAACCUACAUUAAUUAGACUUAAUAAUAAUAAAAUAGCCCAAUUGGACGAACCAUGUAUUAUUAUAUAUAAAUUAUUAGUCAAGUGAUUGUUAAAAAUGGAGUGCAAUAAAUAUAAGUUUAAUUGGAUGAUAAUGUUACAAUCAUAGAUGUUAUUUAGCACUUUUAAGAACAUAUGCACAUAGAUUUAAAGUAUAUUUUAUAAUUUAAUACAAAGACAAUACCAUCUAUUUUAUGGUCAAGUUAAUUUAUCAUUGCAGAACUAAAAUAUGACCCUUAAAUAAUUGGGAAUGUCGAAUACAAGUUAAUUGGAAUGGAAACUUAUAAGCUAAAUUAAUUAAAGAGUAUCAUUGUAUAUCUAUAGUUUUAUUUAAGGCCUCCUAAUAUGGUUAAUUAAAAUAUUCCUUUAGGAUAAAAUUUUGCAGGACAAACACAAUAUAAUCCAUAAAACAUUACUUAAUAAACUAACGCUGGAUAAUUAUAACAUUAAUAAUCAUAACAAUACUAAUAAUUAUAAUUCUAAUAAUAAUAAUAAUAAUAAUAAUAAUAAUAAUAAUUAUUAUUAUUAUAAUAACAAUAAUAAUUAUUAUACUAAUAAUAAUAGUAAUAGCAAUAGUAAUAAUAAUAAUAUGUAUAAUAAUAAAAUCUUGGAAAUUAAUAAAAAUAAGGCUAAAUUGGUUAAUAGUUGGGAAAUUAGUAAUAAACUUCAUCAUAAUAAGUUUAAAAGACAGGAAAGUAAAUAAAUAUUAACUUUGAAAUUUUGGAUGGAAGCCUUAAGCGACAAUUUUCAACAAUUGCUAAUACUAGUAUCAGCCUAUCGGAACUAUUGGAUGCAGUUUAUCAAUAUUUAGGAGUUUCAAAGUAAUAAUUUAUUAUUACAGAUAGAGAUGUAGCUUCAGUUGACCUUUAUAUAGGUAAUUAAGCAUUUGGAGGGCCAAAACUUGAUAAUAGUUUGGAGUAAUUGCAAUUAACGAAAGACAAUUAGACCCUUUAAGUUAAAGUAAGAUGGAUUGGAGGAUGAU